AUACCAAUUAGUCAUAGCGGUUUAUGGCCAUAAAUCAACAUGUUUUACAAAUGCAUUGCAAUAGUGGUAUUAAUGGUGUGCGUGACUCAGGCGCAGGAGUCGGCAACUGUGGACAGCAGCAGUCUUGAUGUGUCUGAUAAGAGCGAAGAAACAACAACAACAGAAAUUCCAUUGGGAAUGGAGACAACAACAGAGAUCUCUCCGACAAAUGAUAUACCAGUAGUUCCAGCGAUUGCGACUGAGAAUCGAAACUCUGCGGUUGAUCUCUCGGCCGCCACGGAUUUCGAGUCCAAGAAUCUGCCAUGCGACUAUGAGCUCGUUGGAUUUGAAAUUGUGACUGGCUAUGUUUUCUCCGCUCCUGGCAGACUUUUGGAAUCACUGCCUGGUACCUUAAUGUUAACUGACUGUCUGGACAUUUGUCUCAAGAACAGGACUUGUCAGUCGGUAAAUUAUGAGACUGGGCUGUGCGUUCUCUUUUCAGCUAAUGCUGAUCAACUUCCAGGAGCUUUAACAAAAUCACAGUUUCCUGUGUUCACAAUAUAUGCCCAGAAGUAUUGCCACUCAAAAAAGCCAUGUUUACGAGCUUGGUACAUCGAUCGAGUACAAAAUUAUAAGUUAAGGUCGGAAGUUAAACGCAGCGUAUCGGUUUCAUCACGGCGGCAAUGUUCUGAAUUGUGCCUUGACGAGAAUGAGUUUACAUGCAGGUCAGCAAACUUUAUAAGGGAAUCUGGUGUUUGUGAGCUUAGUGAAAUGGACCGAUCGACACUAGCUGGUACGAAUGCCUUCCAAGCCAUGGAGGGUAGUGAAUAUCUUGAGAAUCAUUGCAUAGAGGAGCCGAAUAAGCUGUGUGAAUUCAAGCGAUUGCCUGGACGCAUUUUAAAGACUGUUGACUCCGUGUAUCAGGAAGUGAGCAGCGUUGAUGAGUGCCGUGAACUUUGUCUCAAUUCUCCAUAUAGAUGCCACUCAUAUGACUACAAUGAUACGGGUGACAUGGUUUGUCGUCUUUCCCAUCACAGCCGGGCAACGCUGACAGACGUUCAAGAUCCUUACUUGGAGGUGCCCGAGGCAUCGACAUAUGAGCUCGCCUCCUGCUAUAAUGUGACCAUCGAGUGUGGCGGUGGAGAAAUGCUCGCUCGCAUUCGCACCUCAAAGCUAUUCAGCGGAAAGGUGUAUGCCAAGGGCUCGCCCAGAUCAUGUGCAAUUGAUGUGAGGAGUGCCCUGGACUUUGAGUUGCGCAUGAGUUAUCAUGACCUGGAGUGCAAUGUGCGCCAGAGCCAAGCGGGUCGUUAUGUUAAUGAUAUUAUCAUACAGCAUCAUGAUAUGAUUGUUACCUCCUCCGAUCUGGGACUGGCCUUGGCCUGCCAAUACGAUUUGAGCAACAAGUCUGUCAGCAAUGGCGUCAACUUGGAUGUUCGUGGCGAUCUCCAGCCAGCGUUGUCCGAGGAAGUCAUUGUGGACUCUCCGAAUGUUAUUAUGCGUAUCACUUCACGCGAUGGAAGCGAUAUGAUGCGCUCUGCCGAAGUCGGCGAUCCCUUGGCAUUGAAAUUCCAAAUCUUGGAUGAGCAGAGUCCUUAUGAGAUAUUCGUACGCGAACUGGUCGCUUUGGAUGGCGUGGAUAAUUCGGAGAUAACGCUUAUUGACUCCAAUGGUUGUCCCACAGAUCACUUUAUUAUGGGUCCCAUAGUGAAGAGUGCUUCCUCAACAAAGAUUUUGCUAUCCAAUUUCGACGCAUUCAAGUUUCCCUCCAGUGAAGUUGUACAGUUCCGUGCUCUGAUCACGCCUUGCAUGCCCACGUGUGAACCGAUACAAUGCGACCAGGAGGACACCAGCGGCGAAUAUCGAUCCUUGCUCUCAUAUGGAAGAAAGCGUCGUUCAUUAAAUAUAACAGCCAAUUUUGAUAUGCGACAGAAGCGUGAAUUGAACUCGCCCGAAGAAAUGCUACUGGUACAGUCAAUACAAAUAACUGACAAGUUCGGCUUUGAUAAGCAGCAGGGUCGCAAGUCGAAUAUCGGUGAAUAUUCUGAGGAUAAUGAAACUGAUUUUAAAACAGCUGAUGCAGGACAUGGUUUCUGUGUGAAUGCCAUUGGCCUUAUAUCUGCAGCAACAUUUUUCUUGGUCACUCAAUUGGCUAUUAUUGGCAUUUGGACCGUUUGCUAUCAGCGCCGGCAGAAACUCCAGUCGUACCAGCACUCGUAUUAGACUCUUCAGUUUUGCCCUUAAAUCGAACAAGUAAAUUUCAACAUAGGUGCCAGAAACAAUUACCUAUUACAUGCUUAUGUAGCUGCACUCGAAAUUUGUCUUGUCUAGUCAGUGCUCGAUUUGGGUUAUACAAUACAU